CCAUGGUCAUCAAUCGGCGCCGGUGAGUUGGGGAGAGCAGCCAUGCAAAUCUUCGUGAAAACCCUAACGGGGAAGACGAUAACCCUCGAGGUUGAGUCUUCCGACACCAUAGACAAUGUCAAGGCCAAGAUUCAGGACAAGGAGGGCAUCCCGCCGGACCAGCAGCGUCUCAUCUUCGCCGGAAAGCAGCUCGAGGACGGCCGCACCCUAGCGGACUACAAUAUCCAGAAGGAGUCUACCCUCCACUUGGUGCUCCGGCUCCGUGGUGGUGCCAAGAAGAGAAAGAAGAAGACCUACACCAAGCCCAAGAAGAUCAAGCACAAGAAGAAGAAGGUCAAGCUCGCCGUCCUCCAGUUCUACAAGGUUGAAGAUACCGGUAAGGUCCAGAGGCUGAGGAAGGAGUGCCCCAAUGAGGAGUGUGGUGCUGGGACUUUCAUGGCCAAUCACUUCGAUCGACACUAUUGCGGCAAGUGUGGGACGACUUAUGUCUACAGUAAGGCUGGUGGUGAUUAGAAGUGGUGCUUUUCCAGUCAUGAAGUCACUACUUUCAUAAUAGUUUUAUUUUAUUUUAUAAGUUUAGUGCUUUUUGAUUAUUUCAAGAGUUAAGAAUAGCGGAGUAUUGGUCUUUUUGGAUGUGGAUUUCAAUACCCCUAAGCCCGGUUAUUUGAUGCUUAAUUUUCUCUUUUACCAAUGAGUUCAUUACGCAUGUUCUCUUGAUAUCCCUAGUUGCUCUCUUGUUAGGAUUUCAUUACUGCUUUAUAGUUGCAUUCUUAUUGGCUGUGUGGUUGCUCCAAAGAAUUGUCUUUUGUCAUAUACGCGGGUGGUUUUCCUCUGAUA